AUGUUUGCAUCUCAAACAAGAAUCUCGCCAAUUGUGGCUCGAGCAUUCUUCUCAAUUCAAGGAACUCGACGAAGCUUGGUCAAUGUUACUCCUUCUCGAGUACGAUCUGGUGCUAGUCGCUUCAUCUUGUUCUCGGGCUCGCUAGUUACUGGUGUGGCUCUGGGUGUUGGCAUGUGGAUUCAACAAAACUCGGUCAUUUUCGCAGAUGCCAAAAAGCCACAAGCCAUCGCAUCAUCAUCCGAUAAACCACCCAUGCGAAAACAAAUGGAACUAUUCGUAAAAGACCUCCAAACCGAAAUAGUAUCCGCCAUCCGAGACCUAGACUCAUCCGCAACCUACACUCGCGACGCUUGGACACGUACAGAGGGCGGUGAAGGCAUAUCAUGUGUCAUGCAAAACGGCACUGUAUUCGAAAAAGCUGGUGUCGGUGUCUCUAUAGUAGGUGGCACGCUCGCAGAGGGUAUGGAGAAAUCCAUGCGAGCUCGUAAAAAGGAUGAUCUAGGUCCUGGACCGUUUAAAUUCUUUGCUGCUGGUAUAUCGCUGGUUAUACAUCCACAUAAUCCUAUGGCACCUACUGUGCAUGCCAAUUAUCGGUACUUUGAAUUGAGAAGGGAAGAAGAUGGACCACCUGUUUCAGCGUGGUUUGGAGGUGGAUGUGAUUUGACACCCUCAUAUCUAUUCCCAGAAGACGCCAUCCACUUCCAUCAAGUAAUCAAAACAGCAUGUGACAAGCACAACCCAACAUACUAUCCACGCUUCAAGAAAUGGUGUGAUGACUACUUUUACAUACCUCAUCGAGGUGAACGACGUGGUAUAGGAGGAAUCUUCUUUGACGAUUUGGAGUCUGAAGGAACUCCAGACCAGCUAUUUGCUUUUGUCAAGGAAUGUGGCAAGUCGUUUGUCAAUCAGUAUAUCCCGAUUGUAAAACGACGUAUCCAUUUGCCGUAUACGGAUGCUCAGAAGAGGUGGCAGCAGAUACGUAGAGGACGUUAUGUGGAGUUUAACUUGGUGUAUGAUCGAGGCACCAAGUUUGGAUUGGCUACACCGGGAGCUCGUAUUGAAUCUAUAUUGAUGAGUUUACCACUCACAGCUCGUUGGGAGUAUCAGCAAGCUCCAACUCCAGGAUCAGAAGAGGAUAAAUUGUUGGACGUGCUGAAGACUCCCAAAGAGUGGCUUUAA